UCCACACAGGAGGAGGAGGCGGUGGCGCUGACGCUGACAGGGAGACUCUUGUCUCCUUCUGCCGGCAUUUCAACGUGUGAGGAGAGGAAAUGCGAGGCGAAGAGGAGGGGGGAAAGCCCCCGAAAGCAUAGCGCGCCGCCGUGGGUUUCCAAGCAGAGGGUCCCGCGGCUGGAGGCGGAGAAGGGUUGGCUCCCUGUCUUGUUUCUCGCAAGCCCGUCCGCCCCUCAGAGCCAAGGCGACCAAGGGGAAGGCGGAGGCCAGCUCUGGACCAUGGAGAACAAGCGCUGCUUCCCCAACCGCUUCGACGACUACAAGGGCAGCCUGCUGGGCGGGCAGUGGCAAGACAAGGUGGUGCCCUUGGUCACGGCCACCGUCGAGCGCAUCCUCAAGGCGCUGCCCGAGCCCGGGGCCGGCGGCGGCGGAGGAGGCGGCUUCGGCGGGGGGCUGUACAGCGGGGCGGGCGGCGUGGCCUUCAUGCUGUACCAGGUGACGCAGAGCCCGCCCUUCGCGGCGGCGCGCGGUUCGUACCUGCGGGCGGCCCAGGGGCUGGUGGAGGCCUGCCUGCGCGACCAGGAGGCGGAGGAGGCGGCGGCGGAGGCGGCGGCAGGCGGGGAGCGCGCCUGGGGCGAGGCCGGGGACGACCCCCGCGCCGCCUUCCUCCUCGGCGGGGCCGGCCUCUACGCCGUGGCCGCGCUGGUCCGGCACGCGCGGGGGGCGCCCGACUGGGCCGAGCCGCUCGCCAAGUUCCGCGCCCUCGCCGCCCUCUGCGUCCCGCUCUGCUUCCGCCAGGGCGGCUCCGACGAGCUCUUCGUGGGCCGCGCCGGGUACCUCUGCGCCGCCCUGCUCCUCAAGCAGAAGCUGGCCUUGGAGAUAUUGACUCCGGCACAAAUCAAAUCAAUUUGCCAGGCAAUAUUAGAAUCUGGGAAACAGUAUGCACUAAGGAAGAGAAAACCAGUUCCCCUGAUGUACUCUUACUAUGGAACAGAAUAUCUUGGCGCUGCUCAUGGACUUUCCUCCAUCCUACAGAUGCUACUCUCCUAUUUCGAAUACCUCCCAGCAGCUGAUCAGGAACUAGUAUGGCAGAGUGUUGACUUUCUCAUGGAUCAAGAGCAGAAUUGCAACUGGCCUCCAGAACUAGGAGGAAUGAUUGAGCGGGAGAAUGAACUUGUGCACUGGUGUCAUGGAGCUCCAGGCAUUGCCUACAUGUUUGCAAAAGCAUACUUGGUUUCAAAGAAGCCCCAAUAUCUAGAUAGCUGUAUUCGCUGUGGAGAGCUAACUUGGCAGAAAGGACUCCUGAAAAAAGGACCUGGAAUAUGUCACGGAGUGGCUGGCAGUGCUUAUGUGUUCCUGCUACUCUACAGACUUACAGGAAAUUCUAAGUACAUAUACAGAGCACAAAGGUUUGCUGAAUUCUUGUUUACUGAAGAAUUCAAGGCUGGUUCCCAAUCAUUGGAAAGUGUUUACAGCCUUUUUGAGGGCUUCUCAGGGACUGUGUGUUUCCUUGUUGACUUGCUGCAACCUAACCAGGCUGAGUUCCCACUUUUUAGUGUCUUUGUAUAAGAUGGAACAUGUUCCACUCCUGUGCCGGGAUAGCCCUUCAAGACCCAGAAAUGAAGUUGACGAUCAAGGAAGGCUAUGUAAAAAUAAUUCAUCAAUUUCAGCAUUACCACUAAUGAGAUAGCCUUAAUGAUCCAGGGCAGGCAGGGUGGGACAGAGAGAGAAGCUUAACACAUACUCAUAUGCAUACAUACAUACACACACAGAAAGAUUAGGGGAAAGGGGGUGUGUUUUUUUAAUCAUGUCAGAAUCGACUUGAGAACAUAUUGCAAGUCACUUCUGGUGUGAGAGAAUUGGCUGUCUACAGAGACAUUACCCAGGGGAUGCCUGGAUGUGCUACCAUCCUGCCGAGAGGCUUCUUUCAUGUCCCCGCAAACUAGAUCUGACAGAUGGGAGCUCACCCCAUCUCACGGAUUCGAACCGGCAACCUUAAGGUCAGCAACUCAACCUUCAGGUCAGUAGUUCAGCUGGCACAAGGGUUCAACCCAUUGCACCACCUCAAUUUCUAAUAGUAGAAUCAAAGAAUAAGAACUCUUCAUAUUAUUCCAAAACUGAAAAGAAAACAAUUCAGAUGAACCCUAAGAAGUUAUAAUAACUGAUUCACAAGGAUCAAUAGCCUUUAAAAAGGUGUAUUUCAAGAAAGGCCAAAACAGACACUUAAAAUUUAAGACACUUAAAUUUUAGGAAUGUACAAAUCGGGAUCCACAUGUUAAUUGUUAUCAAGAACAUACAAAGAUAAGCAUUUUGCUAAAUUCUUUUGAAAGCACAGGCAAUGCAACAACAAACAUAUAUAAUAUACAAUUUUUUCCAUAUGUUUUGAUUGAUAUAUUUUAAUACAGUUAUUUACACCAUAACUAGGGAACCUUUUGACUUUCCAAAUGUUUUGGGCUACACUCCCACAGGCCUUUUUAAUACUUGUAAAGUUGUGGACACAGCAUGCCAUAACAUUUGGAAGUCCAUAAGCUACCCACCUCUUUAUUAUAUUUCUAUGAAUUUGGAAACUGUGUACCCGAGCCUUAUGAUUUAAUUGACAUACAUAAAUAAUAUAUCAGCACUGUGCAUGCACUUGGAAAGACAAAACCUGCUUUUAGCAGCAUGGUUCUCAGUAUUUGAAAUGAGUCCAUCUAGAAAAGAUGCAAGCAAUCUCUAGAAACAGAAUUUCUGUCCUUUCCUGUCUGAUUUCUCUGCAUGUCUUCAAAGGCCCAUGAAAAAAGAGUUAGCAGUUGCUAAACUACAGUACAACCCCUGUAUCCAUGUUCCCAGACUUCACGUGGGUAUUAGGAUAAUAACCCUAUUUAAAUGAAGGGCUUCUGGACCAAGAAUGCAAUAAAGUCAUGCUGAGGGCCUUGAGAAGACAUAUUUUGUCAGAUAUGGAUAAUGAAACUGCAGAUACUGAUCCCAUGAAUAUAGAGGUUAUACUGUGUUUACAAGCUCAUGUUACACUUACAUAAAUUAGAGCUUGGAAUGUUACUUUAAAAAUAAUAAUCAGUUACAGUCAAUGAUUCAAAUUCUAUCAAAAGCAGCUGGCUACAACCAUAAUAGCCAUCUUAUAAAAAGUAAAUUGUUACUUUGCUAUUUCUCAAAGGUAGGAAAAUAUAGUUUUCAGUUUGUGGGGAUGGAGUCCUAAUGCCAUGAGCCACUGCUUUCCAAUAUUAAAACAGAGAUUCUUCCUGUCACUGCAACACCAAAUAGCAACACAAAGCACAGAACAUGAACAUGGGUAUUUAUUCUCCACCAUUUUGUGGGGCCACAUCUUUGUUACUAUAGAAGUGAAUAAAAAUCCAAACGAUGCCUCCAGUAAAACCAAAUUAAUUAGAUACUCAAUUACUCCAUUAGAUCUGGACCUUCCUUUUCUCCAUUUUAUGCCUCAAGAGACUUACAUGGCUACUUCUUUGAAAACCAAGUUGAUAUCUCGUAUUAAGAUAAAAGCUCCUCUAUGGGAGGCAAGAUAAUACUCUUGAUUGCAAUACAUUAAGAACUAUUUGACUGCUCUUUGCAACUCACAUUUGUGAUCUUUAGUACUCUAGCAUGAUAAGACCUGGGGCUUCUCUCUCCCUCCCUCAUUCAUUUUUUUUUGUUUUUUUGCAAAUGCUACAUUUGAAAUCAAACACAUUCUAUGCUUUCAAACCAGAAGGUUUCAUUCAUAGUAUCUUGAGAUUUCAGAAAAAGGCAAUGCAGAGGCAGACACUCUUACAAAAUGGUAACAAUUGGAAGUGGAGUUGGGAUUACUUUAUAACGAUUACUGAUAUAAUUUAAUAUUAUUAUCUAAUCCCAUUUUGGAAAUUACUAAAUUUGUUUUGAGUUCCUUGUAGUGAACUCAGUAAUUCAGCUUCCCUUAAAUUAAGUACAAGCAUUGGCUCUGAAAAUCUCUUGAUUUAUCCCUACUUAAAACUGAAUUUGCUGAUACAGGGUGCAUCUACAUUAUAUAAUUAAUGCAGCUUGACAUCACUUUAACUGCCAUAGUUCAAUGCUUUGGAAUCCUGAGCUUUGUAGUUUGAAGAGCCAUCAGCAUGCUUUGGCAGAGAAGACUAAAUACCCAUUGAAGUGGUGCCGAAAGGUAUUGAUUCUACAGUUUAUAUACAGUUUACAGUAUUUAUUUAUUUAUUUAUUUAUUACAUUUAUACCCCACCCUUCUCCCCGAGGGGACUACUUCUGCCACAUGCUAGAAGUGUUUCUUUCGAUGUUACAUAAUUUCCAGACCAUCUUACAAACAAAACCGACAUUUCAAAAGGAGAAAUUCAGUGUGGUCUCCAGACUUUUACAAAAUAUUUUAUAAGACAGUUCCAUCAUUUUGCAUUAAAGGCGUUCUCAUUAUUGAUAAUGUAAAUGGUCCUGGUAUUAAAGGAUUUGAUAAUACAGUCUAUUCUGUCAUUCUGUGCAGUAUUUAUUCCAGUUGUAAAAACACACUUCCUUAAAAGGAACUCCUAUUUUGGUGCCUCUUGACUGCUGAUUUGCAAUUGAUCUCUUAUUCUAAUGGCCUUUAGAAAACUCUCCAGGCCAAAGGAAGGAAUUCCCCCUUUCCUUCUAUCACUUUCUUUACAUGAUCUCUCCUCAAAAUUAUUGCACAUUAAUUGUUAUAUAGAUGGGAUACUGUCACCUGGGCUCCAAGGCUUCGAAUUUGGAACUUGUAUUUACUUAUUGCAAAUAUUACCAUUAGAAACAAGCUAGCCUAUAGUUACAUUAUGUUUGGUUACUACUUCAGUAACAUGUGACACAUACCUGAUCUGCAAGGCAGACUGACAAAAGGGAAGUUUGAGUUUUUCUUUUGUUUUUUAGAAAUCUUAUUUAUGCAUUUUAAGCCUUGUUUUAAAAGUGUGUUAGGAUUGCAACACAGAAUAUGUUCUUAAAUGUAUUAGGUGGCUUCUCUGUAUAGUGAAACAGAAAUUUAAACAGUGUAUUGUGAGUAUAAUUAUACUUACUUAAGAUACAUUUGCCAUACAUUGUGUCUAUUUUUGAUGUAUAUGCCUUCUGUGCUUGUAUCUUAGUCAUUAGAUUUCAACCUAAGUGUCUUCCUAUUUGCGACUCAAGAGCAGCAAUAUUCAAAUCAUAGUAAAGUUAUUUCAACUAGAAUUGUAUAGAAAAAUAUUGACAUUCAACAAUGGUUUUAUUCUUAUUUGUAUUAUUAUUGUAUUAUUGAUUAUGGGAUAUGGGCUAUUUAUCUGAUUUGUACAUAUUAGCAAAUACUAAUUGCUUUUUGCUUGAACUUGGCAGAUGUUCGCCAAACUGUGAAUUUGGUUUUGCUUAAGUUUCUGUUUCCCCACCUGUUUUCAGUCUUGCAGAUAUUCUGGUGGAAACUUGAUGACCAAGUGGUCCCAUUGAAUCUUUCUCCAUUUUGAUAAUGUGCCAUGUGACGUAUUUCAGGAAGAAGGGGAAUUGUCUACCCAUUUGCACCAUGCCAUUUCAAGUCUUCUGGUCUCUGUGUUAAUUUUGACUUCUCUGCUAUAUACAAGGGUCAUUGCUAUUACAUGAAAUUGAAAGCACUGAAAAGAGCCGAAGAAACAAAAAUAUCUAGAGGAAAUAUGUCACAUUCAGAUGUAUCUCAUGUCUCUUUAAGAAGGUACUUCGCGACCUUGCCAAAUAUAUUUCAUAUGUUUAAUGAACAUAGGAGAUUUACACUGCUAUAUUAGAGUUGUUCAAGAUCGGUUGGGCUUUAAUAAAUCAGAUUUUUUUGUAAUACACACAAAUGCACAGCUGAAUGUAAAGUAGGCAUUUAAGAUACAAUGGGAGAAAUAAUAACUUUGAUUUAAAUCAGUGAUUACCAACCUGUGGUCCGUGGACCAGCAGUGGUCCACAAGAACUAAAAUAUGGUCCCCAGCCAUUACUACAUUGUUGCAACGAGAGCGACUGGUUUCGCGAAAUCCUUUUAUAGUGCCAAGGCUUAAUAAAUACGGCUUUCUGUGGGCAAGCAGAUGGCAACUGUUGGAUGGCAUAUGUUCUGUAUCAGAAACUAGAGCUGAUGUGAUCUAUUCAAUGCAAUUUUCUGAAUCAGCACCCCAAAUAACCAAACCAAAUCUAAAGUGAGUGGUCCAUGGUCAAAGUAGUUCUUGGUCAAAGUGGUUCUUGGUCAAAGUGUUCCCUGGUCAAGUGGUCCCUGGUCAAAAAAAGGUUAGGAACCACUGAUUUAAAUCUAUAUCUUCCAUCUUUAAUGAAAACUAAGAAAACAAAUAAAUACUUGAGAGUAAAUAUAGAAUAUCAGUUUUUGUCUCAGUCCAGAAUCACAGUCCUGGACACUGAUAUGAUCUUGUAGAGAUAGGAUUAGCUAAGAGUUAGAAGGUUGGGGCAAUUUAAGGAAAGAGACGUACAGUGCAAUCCUUUUUUACUUGAGGCUAUUCCCACUCGGUUCAAUGAGACAUAUUUACAGGUAAUAGCAUUGUUUACUCAGGAGUAAAUCCCACUUUCAAUAUGCUUAGCAUUGUAGCCUUUGAAAAUGACAAAAAAACCCACCUAAAGGACAAUAACAUUAUAUAGUACAAAGCCAUAUACCAGCAAUACUCAGGGCCCUUGAAACAAUACAGCAAUUUAGGGAUGUGAGUAGGCAUAUUCCAACAAAACAGCACAGAUUUUGCGCCACUGUGUGACUCUUAAAUCCCAUAAACUGUGUUUAAGAGUGAAAUUGCCUUGAAUUUGUCAAUGUCAGUCAUAGACUUCCAUUAUCAGCUGUAUGUGUCUGUUUAUACUGAGGGAAACCAUCCCCAUACUGAACCUCCUUCUAGCUACACUUACUGCUGUCAGUUUAUUCAUUCUACUCAACUGUACAGUCUUGCAGUUUGAAAGAUGUGCUUGAAAGAUUGGAUUACUGUGAAUAUUUACAACUUAUCGGUAGAAUGUAGCUAAGGUAUCGGAAGACAGAUCUUAUUUUCUAGUAGAAGUAUAUACUUUUGGAACAUUUUAAUUGCAUGCUUUUCCCAUUUUGUCACAUUAGAUAUAUACCUAACAAUAGUUCUUUAGAACAAAGUUGGUAGUUGUCAAUUAAAAAAUUAUAGGAGUCCUAUUUUUCACAUGAUAGCUCUGAUACAACUUGAUUACCAGCUAGUUUGAACAAGAGCAAUAUAAUACAGCCAAUACAAGACCGAAUUAACAUUUAUUUUGCAAGGCAAAACUGCGGCUUGCUGGUCAUAAAUGUUUUCUAAUGCAAAUAUAUUCUUAAGCAAUGCUAUAUAAAAACCAAAAAUAUUUUCUAUACAUUGAUAUAUAGUAUAUAUAAUGGGAAAGAUCAUGUUGAAUCCUUCAGUUUCAAAUAGAAGGAAACUAAUCUUGAAUAUUUAGUUCCAUGUUUAAUUGUUGCUAUGCUGAGAGGGAAAUGGGGUACAAUAAACUUGGGUUUGAUUCUAUGCUUCCAUGAUGCUACUCCAUGUGAUAUCCAGUUUCAGAAGUACUGAAGACAUCACAAUCCAAUUACCAAGCUGAGCACAUUGUCCAUAACCCUCUUGUUGAACCAGGGUCUACACCAGCGUAAUUGCCUUUUCAAGGAUUGCACAAGAAGAAAGUCAGUGCCCCCUUGCAUAACACCCAUUAUUUAGCUAAACAAUGGGAGCUUGCUGUCACCUGGCUGCGUUUGUGCUGCUGGAGGAUGAGAAGCAGAAGAUCUCUAGCAAAGUACACUGACAGAGUUUUAUGCUCCCCUGGGAUCUGGGCCAUAAUGGUUGAUUUGUGGUAGAAGGGGAUAUGCAGGUGGCUACUUAUUAAAAGUUAAGCACACCCUUGUUUAUUUUGAUUGUUCAGCACUCUGAAAAAUGAUUAUUCCAUGUAUCACAUUGCCCUUGAAGUUCAGAGAAUAUUGUACCCACCAGCAUCUCUACUGUAACAUUUUGCCAUUGCCUGAAGUAGAUGUAGGAUCAAGUCCAAGGUCUCACUGAAGACCAGGGGCUGCUUGUGAUAUAAUUAAAUCCUGACAAAAGUUCCAGUGCACACAAGGUUGUGUUAAAGCAAUUUUUGUUAUAGAAUAACCAGCAGAGUAGAGGAAGAAAUACUUUGCUAUUUUGUACCCAUUGUUUAUAAUCUCUGCUCAUUUAUUUCAGUUUAUGGUUUACCAUAAAGAGACAUCUAUAUCCUCAGCUUUGAUACCUGCUCACUGCCAGAAAGUUGUAUAAUCUUUUCAGAAUCAUUGAUACAUUUACUGUUGUAGAAUUGCACCUUAAGGUUCAAUAAAAACUCUUGCUACUGUUUUAAAUGCUGUGAUAUUUCAAAAUGUGUUAUUGUAUUAGUUUUGUAUGGUUGACUAGAGAGGCAUAAGAAAGAGCCAUAUUUUAAAGGUUAUUGUAGUGAGGAUCAAAAUACUGACUUAAUUGUGGCAGAAGAGCUCUCUCCAUUUAUCCAUGUUCUUUAUAUAAAAUCUGUGUUAUAUUUUGCCUUAAUUCAAAUAAAGCUAAAGUAUA